AUGCUGCCGGCCACCGUGGGUGCACGAGGCUUGCCCUCUGACUCCGCGCCGAACCACCACUCGCAGCCGCCGACCUCCUCCGGCCGCGCGCAUGCGCCGCCUGUAAGACUCAACCCGAAGAGGAAGCUGGAACGGCGUGUAUCUCAGCCGACCGCGCCACGCAUUGUCGCGACGCCGCCGCCAGCAGCGCUAACGACCCGGACCGCUCCUGAACCGAGUGCUGCCUCCUCCGUCCGCGAACCGGCCCGCCUCCGGCCCGCCGGCCACCAGCCCGACUCCCCACUUGUUCGCUGUUCGCCUUGCACGUCUUCACAGUUCGAGAAGGAAUCGUUCAGAUACGUACAGGGUGAACCAACCCUCGGCUCCAUCCUCGACACAGGCCCGGACCCCGCGACCAUCUCCCUGCAUCCGCCACCAGCGCAGCGCGCCGAAGGCGCGCCUGCCGGCCUAGCAAUCCGCGGCCAAGUCGGCAGAUCGGGCAGAGGUGUUGAUCCUCCUCGUCCCGCGCCGCCGCCACUAGUGUCGGCCGCCGCCGCCUCCCCCGACCUCCGCACCCUCCUCCGGCCAAAAGGUCACCGCCACACCAUGGGCCUGCCCGCCGCCAAGGGAGCAGUCAAAGCUCGGCGGCGUUUGCGCGCCAACCGCGGCGGCCGCCGCCAUCGUCGCCGCCUCCUUCCUCCCGUCCUCGCGCCGUCCUAG